AUGAGGGAGUGUGACAGCGGCGUUCCGUGCGGAGUGCCUGGAAACUGGACACCAUGGUCAGUAUGGACGCCGUGUUCGGCUACAUGCGGAACUGGUGUUCGUGGCCGGUCUCGAACGUGUACAAAUCCCGAACCACAGUACGGUGGUCCGUUCUGUGAAGGUCCUGCGUAUGAUAAAGGUGAGUGUGAUACUGGAAUUCCGUGCCCUAUUCCAGGUAAUUGGUCCCCUUGGUCAGAUUUCGGAAAGUGCGACGUCAGCUGCGGCACUGGCUACCAAUUUCGAACCCGAUCGUGCACAAAUCCCCCUCCACAGUUUGGAGGGUCUGACUGCUUAGGCGAAAACAAGAAUGGUUUACAAUGCGAUACUGGUAUUAUGUGUCCAAUACCUGGCGGAUGGUCCCCGUGGACACCAUUUACUGCAUGUGACGCAUCUUGUGGCAUUGGGAUGAAGAUUCGCACCAGAAGCUGCACAGAUCCAGUUCCACAGUACGGCGGCUCCAUAUGUGCUGGGCCAGAUUCUGAAGCUGUAAAAUGCACUUCUGAAAAACAAUGUCCUCAGAAUGGUGCAUGGUCUAUAUGGUACGAAUGGACUCCGUGUCAAGCAAAAUGUGGGCUGGGACUGCGGAAACGCCACAGGGAAUGCAGCAAUCCUAAACCAAUGUAUGGCGGUAUGCAAUGCGAUGGGAUGAUUCUUGAGAUUUCCGAAUGUGAUUCUGGGAUUCAUUGCCCGAUACACGGUGGCUGGACAAGUUGGUACGCUCCUACACCGUGCUCGGCGUCUUGUGGUCUUGGGACGCAGACAAAAGUCCGUGAAUGUACAAAUCCUCCACCGCAAUACGACGGGUCGUUUUGUGUUGGCCCGGAUAAAGAUACAAUAAAGUGCGACACCGGUGUACCAUGUCCCAUACACGGUAACUGGUCUCCGUGGAGUGUGUUCGAACCGUGUAAUGUGAAGUGUGGCGUUGGAAUCCACACCAGGGUACGCCUCUGCAGCAACCCUAUGCCACAAUUCGGAGGUAUGAACUGUGAAGGUCCUAACAUCCAAGAAGCAAAAUGUGACACUAAAACUGUAUGUCCUAUACACGGUGGGUGGUCAAUGUGGUCGCCAUGGAGCAAGUGUAAGACUGGAUGUGGUAUUGGGCAGCAACUCAGAGUUCGCAGCUGUGACAAUCCAAAUCCUCUGUUCGGAGGAUUCGUGUGCCAGGGACCAGACUCUGAAGUAAAAGAUUGUGAUUCAAAAAUACAUUGCCCGAUACCCGGCGCUUGGACCGAAUGGUCGCCAUGGGACAACUGCACCGCCGUCUGUGGUUCAGGAAUGCAAAACCGGUUUCGUGAGUGCAGCGCCCCACUCCCUCAGUACGGAGGACCGGAUUGUACCGGACCGCCAAUAGAGAGCCGCGAAUGUGUCACUGGUAUUCCCUGUCCAGUGGACGGUUCCUGGUCUCUAUGGUCCUUGUGGACAACCUGCUCUGUGCAUUGUGGUAUGGGCGUUCGUAUGAGAGAGCGCUUUUGUGACUCACCCUCCCCGCAGUUCGACGGCCGCCUUUGUGAGGGAAUUUCUAUGGAAAAUGAUCAGUGCGAUACUGGAAUGUUUUGCCCUGUAUCUGGCGCGUGGUCUCAUUGGACGUCAUGGUCGGAUUGUUCGGCGGCUUGCGAUGUAGGCAGCCAGAUCCGGAAGCGCUUCUGUACCAACCCUACGCCGAUGUAUGGUGGCCUAGCCUGUGCUGGUCAGUCGGAGGAGACGCGACUGUGCGACACAGGCCUGUCGUGCCCGCUUCAUGGACACUGGGGCGAAUGGUCAGUCUGGACUCGCUGUUCUGUCGAGUGUGGUAUAGGUGUACAGAGCAGAGUGCGAGUAUGCGAUAAUCCUACUCCUAAGUUUGGAGGAGCUCCUUGUAAAGGAUUUGCCGAGGAGGUUAUUCAUUGUGAUACAAAUACACCCUGUCCAGUACAUGGUAACUGGUCUCCAUGGUCAAAUCACAACGAAUGCUCCGUGUCAUGUGGUAUGGGAUUCCAUAUCCGGCAAAGGAUAUGUUAUAAUCCGCCUCCGCAGUAUGGAGGACUACAAUGCGAGGGUCCAGCGGAAGAAAAAACGGGAUGCGACACUGGUCUGUUUUGUCCAGUGAAUGGUAACUGGGGACCAUGGUAUGGUGUGACUGAGUGCUUGGGUAAGUGUGGCUUAGGGGAAAUGGACCGCAGGCGAGAAUGCAACAAUCCCCAUCCUCAACAUGGCGGAUUACCUUGUAAAGGCCCUGAAUUUGAUGUCACUAAAUGCGAUACAAAAAUACCCUGUCCGGUGGACGGGCACUGGGGACCUUGGUCUUCGUAUAAACAAUGCAAUGCAAUGUGUGGUGUAGGCUUACAAGAACGUGUAAGGCAGUGCAAUGACCCACCGCCUCAGUUCGGAGGCAAGUCGUGUACGGGAGCAGACCAUGAAGCACUUGCAUGCGAUACAGGAAUAAUUUGCCAGAUAAAUGGAAACUGGGGGCAGUGGAGUGGGUGGGGACAGUGUUCUGUAAGUUGUGGAGUCGGUAUUCAGUCAAAGGAUCGACUAUGUGAUUCUCCCCCACCGCAAUUUGGCGGAUUUUAUUGCGAAGGGCCAUCUAUCGAGGAAAGAAAGUGCGAAUCCAGCGUAAUGUGUCUGCAGCCAGGUGGUUGGACAUCUUGGUCAUCUUGGACGGUAUGUUCGGCGACGUGUGGGCUGGGAAGUACGAACAGAUACAGGAAUUGUGAUAAACCUCCACCUCUCUAUGGCGGGCUUCUAUGCAUAGGUUUAGCUACUGAGAACAAGGAGUGUGACAGCGGAGCGCCAUGUCCGGUGCAUGGCAAUUGGGGCCACUGGUAUGGCUGGAGUGAGUGUUCGGUACAUUGUGGUAUAGGCUUCCGCGAGAGAAAACGGGUGUGUGACAAUCCGCUUCCGCAUUUUGGUGGUAUGCCUUGUAAAGGGAAAGUUACUGAAGUGGAGGGCUGUGAUACAUUGGUGCCUUGCCAGGUUGAUGGAGGCUGGACGCCUUGGUCUUCAUGGACUGGCUGCUCAGCGACCUGUGGUAUCGGAAUGCAAGACAGGUCCCGGAUAUGUGAGAACCCGAGACCUGCCUUUGGUGGGCUACCAUGCCAGGGACCAGCAGAUGAAAUUACGGAUUGCGACACGACACGACCUUGCCCAAUCAAUGGAGGUUGGAGCCCAUGGUCUACGUUUUCCAGUUGUUCUGUAAAUUGCGGAAUCGGCCACCGGAAACGCGUUCGUUUAUGCAACUCACCCCCACCACACUUUGGCGGCGAUUACUGUUAUGGGUCGGACUUAGAAAUUGUGGCCUGCGAUUCAGGUCACCACUGUCCCGUCGACGGAGGGUGGACAUUUUGGUCAGAAUGGUCGCGCUGCGAUGCUAAAUGUGGUAAAGGUAUAUCUGAAAGACUGCGGCGUUGCACAAAUCCAUCACCAAUGUACGAAGGUAAAUCAUGUAAUGGUGCUCAUCUAGAAAUUAUCGACUGCGAUUCCGGGAUUCCUUGCUCUAUGAACGGGAACUGGUCACCCUGGUCGGAAUGGGACAAGUGUUCAGCCGCUUGUGGCAUUGGCAAACAAAUCAGAUUUCGAACGUGCAGUAAUCCCAGGCCUUCUCUAGGUGGAAUGAUUUGCAUCGGUAUGCCCGAAGAAACCAGGGACUGCAACUCUGGAAAACCAUGUUCGCAGAACGGCAACUGGGCACAUUGGUCAGAUUGGUCUUUGUGUGACGCACACUGCGGCAAGGGCAAUCAGUUACGAUACAGGACGUGUACGAAUCCAAAACCAAUGUAUGGUGGACUGGUAUGUUUCGGGCACCCAGAGGAAAAGCGCACGUGUGAUUCCGGUGUCACGUGCGCGAUUCCUGGCGGCUGGAGCUUUUGGUCUGACUGGGACGUGUGCAGUGUAAGGUGUGGGCGCGGAUUCCAAGUCAGGGUCCGAACGUGCACAAAUCCCGUCCCGCAGUUCGGCGGGCCGCCGUGCGAAGGGUGGACGGAGGAAAAGCGAUCGUGUGAUGGAGGCCAAUACUGCGUCAUUGAUGGCGAAUGGGGAGAAUGGAUGCAAUGGGAGAGCUGCAACGUGAAAUGUGACGUCGGCAUCAGACGAAGGUUCCGCCAGUGUGACAGUCCCAGUCCCCAGAAUGGCGGAAAGCCGUGCUACGGAUACGAGGCGGAGGAGAACGACUGUAACACGGGCGUCUCCUGCGAGCAUAUCGGCAUGUGGUCGCUGUGGGGCGGCUGGGAUCACUGCUCCGUCUCCUGUGGUGACGGCGUCCAGGGAGAGAUGAAGAAAUGCGGGUGUGCACUACGUAUAUCCCGUGCCCGGUGCACGGUGGGUGGACUGUAUGGUCGCCGUACACAGUCUGCAUCGCCGACUGCUCCAAAGAGAGAUGCCUCGAACGUUUCCCUGUUUAUAGAAUGGUCCGCAUGGACAAAGUGGACUCAGUGUUCCGCGAAGUGCGGUGCUGGGGAGCAGGAGAGGUCACGUGUCUGCGUCGAAGGCGCCGUCGACCGGUCGACCACCGGAUGUGUCGGCGACUCGAGGGACAUCGUUUUAUGCAAGACACUUAGUUGCCCAACCUGGCCGCUGAAUUGCUCGACGGAGUGCAAGUGGGACAACGGCAUCGGCUACGUGGGGUACCCGGGCGAUUGCUCGAUGUUCGUGCAAUGUGACAGUCUGAAUGGCACGCCGCAGGUCCAGGACUGCUCCUGGGGAUUACUCUGGUCCAUGGACCUUCUGCAGUGCGUGUAUCCAGCUCAGUCGGAAUGCGAUGUGUGCGCGGGCGCUGUUGGUCAUUUCAAGCCGUACCAUAUCUCGUGUCGCGCCUACUGGGACUGCACCCACGUGGUUCCGGCCCCCAGGUGCUGCGCGUCACACGAACGCUUCAAUCCUUUCACCAACAGCUGCGAGGCGGACCCUAAAGGGAUCUGCCACGAUUCCUGCAACACACAGCAGACCGUGGUAUUGCCAUCUGUCUGCGAGUUCCGGGAGUCAACUCUGGGUGCGAACAUCUACGAGCAGGAGAUAUCCGGCGCCUGGUUACCGCGCCCGUGUGGAGACGGCACGAUCUUUUCACAGAAGGACUGCGGCUGUAUCUACUUCUAUGACGGUCUUCACGUUCGACCGAAAGAGUGCGUACCUGACCUGCAUCUUAACUUCGACUCCCUAAAGGCCGACCUUGAUCGCAACAUUGGUCUGCAUGUACAGAACGUCACGUAUCUCGGUGACGGCACGGCUUACUUUGACGGCAGCGCCGCCAUAAACGACAACAUAUUCGCAAACUCCGAGUGGGGCAAAGACGUGUACAUCUACAUCAGGUUCAAGCCCGAAGGCAAUGGACGAAACCAAGGCCUGGUCCACAAUUCCGGUUGCGGCCCUUCGGAUAUUGGCCCCUCUGUCUUUGUCGGAAUGGACCGCGAGCCGAGGGCUGACGGGCCGGACAAUAUUAACAUGAAGUUUGCUACAGUUCCGAGGAAGGGUGUCCUUGAGUACGAUUUUGUGAAUGUGACCGCGCCGGGCAAUGAAAUUAUUUCUGCUUGGUUCAAAUUUGGCAAGGGGCAUUUCGAGGCGGAGGUGAACGGUGUUACUGUACAGCUGAACAUACCAGGGGCCAAUGAAAUCGCCAGACGUCACGGCGCUAUAAAUAUUGGCGGCAACUUGUGUAACAUUGGCAACGAGGCUUUCGUUGGCUUCGUUGGUAUUUUAGAUGAGGUGAGAAUAUACAAGUGCAAACCCUCGGAUUUCAUCGAGCAUUUCAACCAGAAGCCCACUCAAAUUCCCCUGAUCCGAAAACACGGAUAGGUUAUAAGUAAGACAUUCACAUCGACAUCAUUACUGCGCAUGCGCAUCGUUGCCCACAUCUCCCUGCGCAAUUGUGUAUAUUAACAUGUGUGAUACCAGUAUAUAUUGUUUCAUAUUUCGUCUUUAUCUGUUAAUCUAUUACCUUGAUUUCAAGUAGCAUCCGUGUUAUUGAUAAUCAUAGUAAAUCAUACAAUAAAUGCUCUAAACAUAUGUUUGUUAAACUUAUAACAAUGAAAGGACAAAACAUUAUUAUGGUAUACUUGUUUUAGUGAAGAUAUAUUGCUUUUUUAAAUAUUUGAUAACUGUGUCGUUAAAAAGUUUGUCUGUACUGUCAACAUCUCUUGUGCAAAUUGAUGAAUUUUACCUUUUAAAUAACUGCACUCUUCCUUCACUGGAGUGUAUCAAUAUAGCCCUAUCUUGAUGUUGAUUAUUCUAUGGUAAAAUUUGGACACCUUAAUAAACACAUUAUAAAUUAAGACCUAAUGUCAAGAUAAUGACGUAUUUUCUGACAAUAUGUAACCGCUAGUACUGCUGG